AUGAAUGUAGCUGCAUCAGCAUGUGUCACGGGCGACAAGGUCAACGUCGAGGUGUACAUUAACCGAGGCACUGUCGCCGACAAGGACCUAGAACCACUCGAAGCCAGUCCCAACAUCCUCUCACCCGUCCUAAAGAGCUUUAGUUUCCUCAAUAUCCAACCACCCAACCAAUACCAACAACAUUCAUCUUCAUCGUCCUCUUCAUCAACUCAGCAGCCACUCUCACUCUCACAAUCACAACAACAAAUGGAAGAGUUUAACAAAGCAAUCAGAGACGAUGGUAACUGGAAUCUCUGCUCUUCAAUGAUCAACUAUGUACAACGCACACAGUCUCCACUAUUGAUAUCCAACGCAGCCGACGAUAAAACCUUUUCCGACGAUCCCUAUGUCAAGUUCCAGCGUCCCAAAUCCGUCCUAGUCCUCCCUAUUGUGCAUCAAGGUAAAUUGGUAUCAAUUCUCUACCUCGAGAACAACUUUACCACCGGUGCAUUUACAAGCGGUCGUAUGGAAGUACUCAACCUCUUGUCUACGCAGAUUGCCGUGUCUUUUCAAAACGCACGCUUGUUUUUGCAAACUAAUCAUUUGGCCAACCAAGCCUUCCUUGCCAAGGAAGAAGCUGAGCGUGCCAACAAGGCAAAGAGCGACUUUAUCUCCAACAUGUCGCACGAGAUGCGUACCCCACUCAACCAUAUCAUUGGCUCGCUCGAGCUACUCCAAACAUUCCCCCUAUCAUCUGAUCAAAAGGAGUUGCUGAGUAUUAGCCAACAAUCGUCCGAGUCACUCUUGUUUAUGGUGAAUAAUAUUUUGGAUCUAUCAAAGGUUGAGCAAGGAAAGACUGUCCUAAACUACACAUCUUUUAACCUAGUAUCAUUCCUCGAAGAGAAUAUUGGAGCCAUUGCCAACAAUGCACACCAAAAGGGUUUGAUGGUUGGUAUGUACUGCUACCCAUGUACCAGUGAAGUGCCGGUCAUUGGCGACAAGAACCUUCUUCGCCAAGUACUCGUCAAUCUGUUGUCCAACGCCAUUAAAUUCACUUCCAAGGGUGAGGUGUUUGUCAAGGUCAACAUUACACCCAACACGAUCGAUACGACCAAAAUCAAUCUAAAUGAAAAGUCACUUACUCCAACUCUACGAUCACAACAAAAACAAUUACAACAAAUACAUCAACAACAACAACAUCAACAACAACAGCAAUUGUCAACAGAAGUUCCACCAACCACCACUUUUAACCUUUUAUCAGUAAAUCAAGAUUCAUCCAAUUCCAAUUCCAAUUCCAAUUCCAAUUCUCCCUAUUUGGGAUCUGCCAACAACAACAAUAGUACUACAACUCAAAUCAAAUCAUAUAGUAUAUUUAUAGAAGUAAGAGAUAGUGGUAUUGGUAUCAAACAAAGAGACUUUGAUAAAUUGUUUCAAAGAUUUUCACAGAUUGAUUCAGGUGUCAAUAGAGCAUACGAUGGUAGUGGUUUGGGUUUGAGUAUCUGCAAACAAUUGAUUGAAUUGAUGAAUGGAGAGAUUGGUAUCAAUAGCAAGAUUGGUGAAGGCAGUAUAUUCCACUUUUCACUCGAGAUGGCCAAGCCCCCCUCAGAGCAUAUCAAACCAUCGGGCGAACUGAGUCUCUUUAGAGACAAUACCAAUAUCAUUAUACUCGAGGACAACAAGACUAUCCGCGGUCAGAUUGAAGAGGCCAUUUCAUCGUUUGGCAUCAAGCAAAUCAAUAGCUCCACCUUUUCAAAUAUCAAUCUGUCGCUCUACCUCUCGUCGUCUGAUGAUUUCCUACUUGCCAAAAACAAUAAUAUCAUUAUUAUUGGACUGCCACUGAACUAUAACGAGGAUCAUGUUAUGAAUCUAAUCGAUAAUAUCAAUUUGAUAAAGGAGCGGUCGGCAUCCAACAACCUCGAUAUUAAAGUUGACUUUGUUGUCAUUACGCAGUUGGCAUUGACAUCUUCUAAAUCGAUGCUACAAGAGUGUGGAAUAUUGCUUGUCAACCGUCCCAUCAAGAGAGAUGCCCUUCUCAAAACACUGGCAGACCUAACACGCGAACAAACUAUUGGACGAAGCUACUCGCAACAAAACAUACACCAACAUCUCGGCAGCGGCAACCAACAUCAUCAUCAUUCCUUUAAUCGUUCCCAUUCACCUAUUGGCCAAUUGGUCAACUCACCCACCAUUAAACGUUCGGUUAGUAGUCCCAAACUAGGGGUCAUUGUAACUGAUGACAACAAUUGUCAUCAAUUUGCUCCACCUCCACUACGAUCCAGGGAAAAGGAAGCAUUGUCAUUUUUGGAUCUAAACAAGUCACCUCCUAUUUCACCAAUCAUCAAACAACCUCCACAACACCAUCUACUUAAUAAUGCACCACUUGUCAAUGGUGCAUCGUCUCCAACUAUCCAACUCCCAAUCCUCGUCAAAAAGAGAGCACCCAAUGUUUUAGUCAUUGAAGACAAUGAACUAAAUGCAAUCAUCCUUUUUAAAAUGUUGGAAAAAAUUGGAAUCACUAAUCCAGACUCUGCCAUUAACGGUGUGGAGGGUGUAGAAAAGGCAUCAAAUGGCAACUAUGAUCUCAUCCUCAUGGACAUACAAAUGCCAGUGAUGGACGGCUACGAAGCUACUAAUCGUAUCCGUCAACUAGAGGGAUCGAUCAAACAUACCCCCAUCGUUGCCAUGACUGCAAAUGCUAUGGGUGGACAACGUGAAGCAUGUCUUCGUGCUGGCUGUGACGAUUACUUUUGUAAACCACUCAAACAAAAGGAUCUAGAACAAGUGAUUAAAAAGUUUUUAAAUUAUGAUGAUUAUCUAAUCUUAUUAAAACAACAACAAGAACAUGCUGCUACCAUACUACAACAACAACAGCAACAACAAAAUAUUGUAACACCAAGUAGUUAA